CGCAGAGAGAGGUUCUUUGUCCACACGAAUCCCGGGCUUAUCGCUUAUUCUUGGGGAUAGUGAUUCGGCGGGCGCAGAAAAUGAGGACGAGCAACAAACGGCAGACGAGGAAUCAUCAGUGGAACUCCGUGUGGGAAAUGAGUGCAGAUUGCAGGCAGACACGACCCCUGAAAGCAGGCACGCUCAGCCCGGCUGUCAGCAGCCUGAUGGAGCUGGAUUAAAAGAGAAACCCGCGACCUUCAGCCUUGAACAACAGAAAACCCACAGCAGUGAAAAGCAGGAGAAAGCCAAUGAAGGGGAUGUACACAGCCUUCGUGAGAAGACUGACCGCACCGAGUUCCCGGCGACCACACAGUUAGCUCUGGGUGCUGGUGCUGAAGAAGGGAGAUAUAAAUCGGAGUGUUCUAAAGAGCAGCUGGAAAUGGGCGAUGCUGAAUCCAAUCUCUAUCUGUGCAGGGAGAAGCUGGGCAACUCGCAGAGAGGCACAGGGAACCUUUUAUCUCCAGAAACCACCGGGUGGCCACACGGUGCUCAGAAAACGUCAGCAGUGGGACGCGAGAAUGCGUUGGCGGGGCUCGGCAGAGAAAUGCCACAGUCGGGCAGCAGGACAACAAAAGAAGACGUCUGUGAGGUUCUGUCUCACACCCUUCAGGCUGACGUGGAGAAGCUUCUACCCCCAGAGGUGCUGGAAUCAUCACUCAGCCCUCACAAUCCCGAUCCUGGACAUCCAAGAGAAAUACUAACGGGAUCCAACGGUGAACACCAGCGAAUCUAUGGCAAUGGGGAGCGAGAAUUUCCCGAUUCUCCCCAAGGGAAUCCCUGCUGCCUUCCCGCAGGGGCGGAGAAUGUGGAAAGCGCGGAAAAUGUUGCGUUUCCAAAGGCUGCUGAGUUGCUGAGAGCUCUGUGGGAUUCUGACUCGAGAGGCGCGAGCGGGCAACUAGCGGAUUUGAGCGUUGAUGGCCAACAACAGCCACUGGCUGCUGGUGCAGAGAAAGAGAAGGUGUGUGAGGCCAAGGUGUGCAGCCUUCAGCAACGAGGUGCCAGCCCGACACAGUCAGCGACAACCAUUGAGCAGGCACUAGGCUCCGGCACUCGGACCGCUGGCUCACUGGAAGAACGCCCGAGCUUCGACGAUAUUGUCGAGCGCCAGGACGUGGGUGAGCGUGGAACGAAAGUGGAAGCUUGCGCCGACAACGAGAAUAGCCCUGAGGUGGGUUUGGAGAGCAGCGUUGUGGAGCACGCGACAGUGGCGGGGAACCCUGAGCUUCCUCAGACCUUCGAUCAGGUGGUCGUGGUCCUUGACGGUGAACUGCAGGGAACACUCAGUGGCCCCACGGGAGGAGAGUACACGGAGGGCAGCCUGCGGACUGCUUCUGACCCUGUUGUAGAGACGUCGGCCGAAGAACUUGCCGCUGGCACAGAGAAUCGUGACGGGGCCGAAGCUGCUGAAGGAAUAGUGGGGCUGCUCAACGGUCAGAGCCAACGGCAGGAUAAAUGUGAGGAUGGCGUGAACGAGAAUGUUUGUGAAGGAAUGAUCCUCGUGGGUUCAGAGGAUGCGCUCCCGGAAUACACAGGACUGGUCGCCAGCAAAGUGCCUGAGAGCAAUGUGGAGCUAAAAGAAGAAUUAUUCGGGUUGAGCAGUGAAGGGCAGAAAAUAUGUAGCGCUGAAAGCAAAGGAACUGUCUGUGAAGGAGACGUUUUGGGGCUUCAGACAGACAGUGACGGCAUUUUGGUUCCAGGAACAACUGAGCUGACAUGUGGCUCUCGGAAUCCAGACACGGGACUGUCAGCGAUUUCAUUGGUGUGCGUUAGCGAGGAGCUACCAGACAGCAAUUUAAUGAGAGAAAAAGCCGGUGAGGAAAAUGUGCGGAGCAUUCAGACAGAUAGGGAGCAAACCGUGCAGACAGAAAGCACGGAAAUGACAGCUAACCUUUGGAGUCUGGAAUGGCAGGAAGGAACGGAGGCAGGGCUGGGUUUCAGUGGCGGUACAGAACAAGAACGCCCGAACAGAGGCACAUCAAAAGAUAAUGUCAGUGAGGAAGAUCCGCAGGCUUCUGUGCUGUGUUCAGAACACAUCAGGCUCCCAGAAGGGGAGAAGGUGACAGUUAGCUCACAGGAUCUGAUUACCGCAGAGACCCGAGAGAUGGGGUUAAGCGACCAGCUACAAACAGAGAAUGUGAGCAGCCUUCAGGUGGGUGUCGAGAGUCGUUUAUUUCCAGUAAGCGACAUACUGAUAUCCUGCCAUCAGAGUCCUCGUGCGGUGGAUGUCGAAGAGGCCAUAUUGGCUUUGAGUGGCGAAGGGGAGCAGCCAACACGCAGUGGUGAAAUGAAAACAGCACAAGCCUGUGAAGAAACCGCUCGUAUUGUGCACAAGAAUUCUGAGGAAAAAUCAGCAAUGCCAGCAACCGCGGAACUGAUCUCAAGCCCUCAGAAUCCUGACCCGGCUGAUUCACUGCACCUCUGUCCCGAGGAAGGGCAAGUUCACUUCAGUGGGAUAGAAAAAGAAACCUCUGAAGAGAAGCGUAGUCAACUAGUUGGUAUAGAGCGCGAUUUUUGCCCGGACGCCACCAUGAUAUUGCCACAAACCCCUCCGAAUUGUGACCUACCGGAGAUCAGAGAGAACUUAUCGUGGGUCGGUGGUGCCGGUGAACAGCGGGAAGCCCGCGACAGUGAAACGCAAGAUGAUACCUCGGAAAGCAAAGGCUUUCAGUGUGGCACGGGGAACUCGAUACCUCCGGAGUCAGUAAAACCGCUGGCUGGUUUUCACAUCCACGACUUGGAAGAAGAUCUACGCGAUAAUUUACCGGCUUUCGGUUCUGGUGGAGAACAAAACCCAACGUGCGGGAGUGGGACCGAAGAGCGGGUCAGUGAAGAAGAUCAGAGCAGCAUCGGGAUGAUUAGUGAAAGUGAGGCGUCAGAGAACACCAGGUUGAUAUCUCAGCCGCAGGACCUGGAAGAGCUGGAUCUGAAGGGAGUAUUACUUGCCUCUGCUGGUGAGAAACAGCAGGCGAGCGCCAGUGAAGAAAUCAAAGACGCUCUCAACUCUCAGAGUGAUGCUGUGAGUCUUUCAGUUCGAGAGGCCACAAGCGCACCCUCCAGUCCCCGGCAACGUGAUCCGCCAGGAGAUGAAAAUAAAUCACUGGGUUCAAACCGCGUCCCUGAAAAACAGCAAACGUGUGACCGUGAGCCCAAAGAGAGCCAAUUCCCCAAUGAAGAAUUCUGCCUUCUACAGAUGUACUUGGAACAAACCGCGGCCUCAGGAAGCACGGAAUUGCUAUCUAACUCUCGCGCUUCUAAUACUGCCGCUGGAUUGCCGGAGAGCACAAUCAGCCCUGGUGGCAAAGCUGACCAAACCAGCAACGUUGAAACGAGAGGAGACAUCUUUGGCGAAAAUGUACGCAGCCUUCAAAUGGAUGUGGAAGAGAGAAUCCCAGAAUCCGGUGAGCUCUCCACUGAUACUCUGCUUCCUGAUGCAGUGUUAACAGAGGAUCUGCUGAGGUUAACCCUCGACAGUGAGAAGCAACAGAGCUUGAGCGUGAGUGGCGGGGAAUGUGUUUCUGCAAAGAAUGUAGAGUGCCCAGCGGAAUGUGCUCCCUGCUCACCGACCGUUCCUGAGGCCGUGGACAUGAAUCACUUAUCAGAUAAACCCUUGAAGAGUGAGCAACAACAGACAGACGACAGUCCGGUGUCACACAAGGCUCGCGAGGAGAAAAUUUGUCUGGGAACGGAUUCUGUUCUGGGGGGCGAUACCCUUCCAGAAACAGCGGAGAAAGAGCCAGUCUCGGCAGUGGGAACAGAGCAUAAAAGACACGCUACUUCACAGGAAUCUCCACUCCGAGAACUGCUGAUUGUUAAACCUGAGGAACCCAGCAGCGUAGCCCAGCACCUGCUGUUAUUGCACGCGGGAGAUGCCGAGGAGGGUGUAUUGGAGAAGGAUGCCAAGGGGCAGGAACACAUUGUGGGCGUUCCAGCAAUAGGGAAUUUCACUGGAACAAGUCCUCCAGUUUCCGUCAAGGAGCCUUCCAGCAUGACUGAUGGUGUAUUUACAAAGGAGUACUCGCUUCCAGAACCAACAGCUGAACCUCAGGGCCACUCCCUGUGCCUCUCAGCUGAUGUCACGGAGAAGAAGCUUCCCUAUGCUGAGUGUAAAAGCCCUGAAGUCCAAAUAAUUGAAGCAGGACUGAAGGCUGAAAGGCCUGUACUUGACUCUGAUGUCUUGCCUCGUCCAGCAUUGCCAAGCAGCAUAAUCAGCCCCGAGUCAACUCGAGUAUCUGAGAGCUUCCCUUUGCCGGCACAAGAAAGCGUUCCCGUAUCUCGUGGUCGUAAAGGACCAGCAGUUUCUCCUCUUUUGCCUCUGCUGCCCGACGACGUAGAUAAAGCAUCUGCUGACCCAACACUGCAGGAAGAGCUUGCCAGUGUUUCCUUUCCUUGUGAAUUGGAAGAGCCAUUGGUUCCUUCUGCGUCUUUAUCUCCAUCUCUUUCAUCUCUGGAACCAGAUGGUGCAGAUGAGGUGACUUCUGAAGCAACAGAUCAACAGACAGAGCUUGUGAGUAAUACUGUGCCUUGUGAGAUCACAAGGUCAAUUCCUCCGCUACCUCUUGUGGACACUGAUACAGAGACCGCUGAGGGCUCCUCGGAGCAAGAUUUGAUAAGAGCUUCUGUGUCCUGUGACAGUGAAAAGCCAGCAGCUCCCCCUCUGCCUUCUCCUCCUUCCAGUGAAGCUGAACUGUUGACUGGUACAACAGCACUGCAGACAGAGCUCGUGAGGAGCUCGGACUCGGAAGGAGCCUUCGAGACGCCCGAAGAGACGACCCCUGUCAAAGUCGCUCCGCAGAUUCCCACCGGGGCUGGUGAAGAGGAGAGCCAAGAGCAGCUGCCCGCCGAAGAUUCAGUGUUUUCCCCUGACAAUCAGAUCGUAGACACCACUGAAAAACAGUUAGGGGAAGCUGAUGCCUUCAGACCUCUCUCCGAGUCAGCCUCCAUCGUCUUUGAUGAAGAUAAACCAAUAGCCAGUAGUGGAGCUUAUAAAAUUGAUUUUGAUAGUCUCGAGUCGUUAGCCCCUUUCCAGGUUUCAUCCUCUCUGGCUCCGAGCUCACCUGUGACAGACAAGCCAAAGGGAUCAGGAAUCCUCGAACAAGCCAGUAAAGAGAUCCCAUCCUCUCCAGCUGGCUCCAGUCCACCACUGCCAUCUCCACCACUCGGGCAAAAGGCUGAAACGCCUGCCGAAGCCACAGAUGUUGGCAAUACAGAAGCCCCGGCCACAUCCUUGCAACCAGAGGCAUUCAGUAUAGCUGCAGAUAAUGCUCCCAGUGUUAAGAAGAAGAAACCCAGGCCACUGUCUGUAAAAAGGAAGUCAAAGGCAGAGCAGGCCGCAGAGGUCCGAUCAGAACAACCUGUAGAGAUACCAACAGUGACGGAAUGCCCGGCAGUGCCCCCAGCUCCAGAGACUAGCAAAGCCGAGACGUUACCUGAAGCGCCUUGUCCACAAAGCGCAGUGAACGACUCUCCCCUUCCCACUUCGGCUUCCUGCGGCUUCGAUCCAGGUAACUUUGUCGAAAUCGGUUCUCUCGACGGUGGAGCUGUGCAGAAGGUGCCACUUUCAGAGACCAAAAGCGGGGGGGCUACCGCAGUAUCGACAGAAUCGGAAAGAGUGGAACCUGUGGUUGACGUCAAGAUUGACUCUCCAGCUUUGGGCCAUGCGGUGAGGCUGGAGUUUGACUAUUCCGAAAAUAAAGACGAUUUUGAAACCGAGCAGGCAAAGAAACCGCCUCCUAAGAAACUGGGUAAGAAGCCCAGUGGAAAAAUGCCACUCAGAAAGCCAAAGAUUGGGGCCAAAAAGGUUCCCUCGGUUGAAAAGGUGGACAGCACUUCUUCUACGCCACCUUCAACGACUGAUAUUGACGAUAUCCCAAUUCAGAAGACCUCAUAUUCUUUUAACCCUGAUCAAUGGGAUGAUCCCAAUUUUAAUCCGUUUGGCAGUAAUGUUAAGGUCCCCAAUUCUCCCAAAUUAUCUCGUGCUUCGUACAGUUUUGAGGCAGACAAUUGUGAUGGCUCUUUGGACCCCUUCAAAUCUUCCUCAAAAAUGUUGGGAUCCCCUUCGCAUUCCUCCGCUUCAUUCGAGGUGAACGAUGACCCUGUCACACCCGAAGAAGAAAAUGGCAGUAAGUCUUCAAAGAAGAAAAGGCCACCUUUAAAGACAAAUACAUUCAGGGUGAAGAGAUCACCAAAGCGCUCACCACUGUCUGGGACCCCCUCGCAGGAUUCGACCCCACUAACUACCCCCGAGACACCACCAGUUAUCGCCACAGUGGACCAUGCCACCGAUGAAGAGAAACUGGCCUCCUCUGUGACAAAUCAGAAAUGGAGCUACUCCGGGGUACAAAGUGAACUGGACGAGAAGCCUGACUACCCUCAGCCCUCCGAUCUUUCUGCAUUUGUGAAUGAAAACAACUUCACUUCUCCAGAGGUUUUGGAAUAUGACCAAUCGUUAGAAAUAGAAUAUAUGGAAAAACUUGGCUCAUCUUCACCUCAUAAUGAUACAACUGCACAAAAACAGUCCAUGUACCUGAAGAUUGAUUCUCUGAAAGAUAGUCCGGUAAAGUCUCCACCCAUUAAGCUAUCUGAUUCAACCACACCAUAUUCAGGGUUGAGUCCGGAUGAAGCAGAGCUCAGUGUACAGACAUCUGCUGGGAAGAAGAUCCAACGUCCAGUCACGCGAGCCUUGGCUCCAAGUCAAGAGGUGUAUUCACAGCCACCUGACAAGCUGAAGGUGAAUGACAUGGAUUCCAUGAGUUCAUUGUCAGCUAAACCUGGAAUGGCAACACCUGAGGAACUGGUUGCCUCUGCAGAUGCCUUGAUAAAUAGGAUUAUAGGACAUGCAGAAGUAGACGAUGACGAAGUGGACUAUCUGCAGCCAGACACAGCUGAAAAGAACCCAACAGCAUUUGCUUACAAGUUACAGGAAGAGCUAGUGUAUGCUGCGAUGAGGAUAGAAGCACUGAAGCUAGCCAGACAGCUUUCCAACUCUCCCGGCAACUCCUUAGAUUAUGAGAUGAGAGGGAGGAGAACGGUCCCAAGAACAUGGGCCAGUUUGGGUUCGUGUUUACAACAAAGAGAUGCUACAUCUCCAAUGGACACCCCAAUUUCCAAAAGUGCUCUGUACUCUCGAAGCUGUGAGGUCGAGCUUGAUGACACUGCGCUUGACGGACAUCACUACGACCAAAGGGAUUUGGAUUCUGCUUUGAGGGCAACGAGGGAGGAGAUUGUUGCCAAGACAAGAGAAGCAGAUGAGUGGAAGAGGAAGUACGACGAGAGUAGGCAGGAGGUUGUUGAGAUGAGACGAAUUGUCGCAGAAUAUGAGAAGACCAUUGCUCAAAUGAUUGAGGACGAUCAGAGGGACAAGUCCAUCUCUCAUCAUACGGUGCAGCAGCUAAUAGUUGAGAAAGACCAGGCUUUGUCGGACUUGAACUCGGUGGAGAAAUCUCUAGCAGAACUCUUCAGGAGAUACGAGAAGAUGAAGGAGGUUUUGGAGGGAUUCCGAAAGAAUGAGGAGGUAUUGAAGAAGUGUGCGCAGGAAUACCUUGCCAGAGUAAAGAAAGAAGAACAACGCUAUCAAGCACUGAAAAUCCACGCGGAGGAGAAACUAGACAAAGCCAAUACUGAUAUUGCCCAAGUCCGAGCUAAAUCCAAAUCUGAGCAGACAGCCUUUCAGGCCAGUUUACGGAAAGAACAGAUGAAAGUGGAGUCACUGGAAAGAACCUUGGAACAGAAGAAUAAAGAAGUUGAAGAGCUGACAAAAAUCUGUGAUGAACUGAUUGCCAAAAUGGGAAAGAGUUAAUGAUGCCUAUUUUUAUUAUUAUUAUUAAUUGGGAGAGGGGCAUGAAAUAAAAGGAGUGCAAUAAAGCCAGUGGUGCAGUAAUGUUGGCUGACCUAUGUGGACAUUAAGGUUUUCACCAUAUUUUUAAUGCACUAUUUCUCUUUCCAAUGAGGACUGUUUAAUGUAUGUAGCAUUCAAAUGGCCCGUGGAAGUUUCUUUUUACUGUCUGCUGUAUUGUUGUAUGGCACAUGGCAAGUUGUUGACAUACGAGUUCCUGUAUCAGGGAGUUUGGUUCUUUUAAUGGCUAGAUGAGAUGCAUUAGAUAUUGCCGCCACUUUUUAAUGGGUACUCAUGUAUUGUGUCUUCAGAGUUACAAGUUACUGUACAUUACUGCAAGGGAAUUCUUGCCAAUUUUCAGUGAAGCCUUAAGAGUGUAGACUUGAUCUGCAUUAUGGAUUUGUAAAAAAAAAAAUGCAUGUCUGUCAAUGAAUUCCUCUAUAUUGUAAAUAAAUUUGGUUGAAAAUCACAGCUGAUGGUUGUUUUUUUAAAAAAAAACGACUGAUAAUUUUAUUCCGAACUGUGGUUUGCGCAAAGCUGUUGGUCUUACCAGUGGCUACGUGAGAGCAGGUGUUUGGAUCUCAAGAGUAGGUGGAGAAUGUGUAGUUGCUCCCUGUCCUGCCAGAUGUUGGAUUCGUGGAAUGGCUUUGAAUGGCCCUCAACAUCUCUUGGUUGAUCGACUGUGGAUUCUGCAGGUGUCAACUUUGCCCCCGACCCCAACCACCAACUUCACUGUCGCUGAUCCCUAACUUCUCUGCCUGUCUGCGAGACCUAUAGUGCUUUAGAUCUGUUGACUUCACCUCAACCGCUCCUGUGGACUCACAGCAGCACGUUCACCAAAUAGCAGGGGGCAGAUGGCCACUUUCCACCGCGGCCGGCACUCAGAAUGGGCAGCCUUCUGUCGCAGUGACGGGAGCAGCAGGCAGGAAGCAGGGCUCCAGGCAGCACUGUGUACAACAAAUGCAACCGAGCUUUAUUAGCUCCACAAUUCUAUGUUUGUGCGUAAUGUUUUGGGUUGUUUUGUCUCCUGUAUUCAUUUUACAGUCGAAAUAAAAUGAUGAUAAUCCUUG